GAGACGGGUUCGAAGAUGUGCGACAUGUCGAGGAUCGAGAGGAGAGCGUACCGAGAUCAAGAUCCUCCGCGAAUCCGCAAUAAAAGCACGGAGGAUUUGCUGAAGAACGAGUUCCAGACAUCGAGUAGAUCGACUCCGAACUCGCCGACGGCUCUGCAGCGCGUUUCGAGUUUAGAAAAAUGCUACAGCGACCCGGACUUUUCGAAGAGGCAAAAAAACCCAACGAUCACAAGCGCCGAUAUCGAUCCUCCGCGAAACGAAAAUCCAUCCAUCAGUUCCAGUCGCGAGGACAACGUGUCGGCGGAUCAAUCUGACAAAAUCGGAUCUAGGAACGCCUGGAACGGUGAAGAUUUUGCGAAAGAGUUAGCAGCCAAAGUGCCUUCAUCUAAAACCCUGAAAGAGGUGGUUUUUAACGGUACGACGACAAACGAGUCUGACAGCUGCAACAGCGGUUCGAGCAGAGUGACAAACGGCAAGGACAUGGCUCCGGUUCUCGGUGUUCCGCCGCCUCCGCCAGCCCCCCACAUGGGGCCAGACGGUCUUAUCUUGCCGCGAAAGCCGAACAACCCCUACGUCGGCUCGAUGAACCACAAGGAUCUUCACCGAGAAUUGCUGUUCAACCAGAGAGUGGGUAAGAACAUUCUGAAUCAAAAAAGCGAGCUUCAACGGGCACUCGAAAAACAGCGGGAGGCAGCCUCGAGAAAGGAGGCCGAGAGAAUACGGGAGGAAUCCUUCAAGGACGACCCAAGGACGGCACUUCAACGUGCCAUCGAGCAGAGAGCCAGACACAUUCAACUCAAGGAACAACCGGAGAGUACGGAACCUCCGAAUCCUUUGGUGACAGCGAGAGCAAAGUUGAGAACACGGACGGAGUCGCAGUGAGAAGAAACGAAAGGCGAUAAUGAUUAACCUGCUGUAGAGCCUCUUUUCAUCACCACCUUCCCCUCAACCCAGUAUGUAUGAAAUCACAUCCUGCGCAAGAAGGAGGCAGCUCAACUUUUUGCGAUGAAAACAUAGUACAAAAGGCGUUAAUGUAUACCUAAUACCUAUAUACCAAUUGCAACACAAUUUAUGUACACAUAUUGCGUAUACAUGUGCAACCAAGAUAAAAUUCAAUCGUAUUGGAAUCCAACGUCUGAUAGUGCUAGGCAAUACGGCGUCAAAGAGUGAGUAAUCAGUCGACCGUUUUAGGUCGAUUGUACAAAUAUCAAUCAAGACGGAGAAAAUCACGUACAAGCUGCUAGGGGCUUUUAUUGUGUUACGUAAAGUCGGCCCGAAGUGGAGAAUUAGAAACGAACAAUUACUUUUU